UUUUCCCCCGAAAACUUAUCUGUGUUUUCGUUACGAGCUGACUUAUGUGAAUUUUGAAAAAAGUGUGAGGAAUUAUAGAUGAGGUGGUAAGUGGGCCAAAUCCUGUUUCACAGUGUCCUCUGUGAGAGAAGGGGAGGCAGUGCGUGUAAAUGCAAAGUGUAAUUGAGCGAGUCGUUAACGACUACACGACAGUCAUUUGGAAGGAAGAUUUGACAAAUCAGCUGCCUUCAAAGCUCGAAGUGGCUUAACAUCUGGCCAUCUUUCGACGACUUUGCCGAUCAUGUCCAGCAGAGUUCGUCAACUUAUUAGUAGUGUCUUUGGUACUUCUUCAAUCAAAUCGGAUAAUUUCCAACGCGUAAAUGGUUCCCGGCGCCUAACAGAAACUGAAGUAAAUAAUGGUUCUUCGACAUCCUCACAACUUUUUUCCGGAACAUCGGAUACAUCGACAGAAUCUACCGCUUACCCUUACACACGACCUACAUUUCUCUUUAUGGACUCUGAACAGGUAAAAGAGUCAAGAGAUCAAAUCAAAAGACCAGCGGUUAUCCCUAAUGACAUCCAUAAGAUUCCCAUUAAGGCUGGCUAUGCUGAAGUAAUAAAUGCUGGUAAAUCACUCAACAAUGAAGAUCAGGCUGUGGCAGUUCGCUGUGUCAUUUCUCGACAUAUUAAUAUGGUUCCGACCAACCCUUCGUGCAAUUCUAUAGAGAGAAAUGGAGCCAAUAAUUCUGAGAAAACUAGCACUGCUGCAGAAGAGUCAAAGAACAAAUUAGAAUUUACCUACUUUGGAAUAUUUGAUGGACAUGGUGGAUAUGGAACUGCUGUCAUGGCAUCCCAAAAUCUCCAUAUAUAUCUCAUGAAACAUUUAACUAAGUUACUUGAUUUAGGCAUGCUGUCAAAGAAAGUCCAUUCUUCAUAUCAUAACAUCACAAUUAAUGAUCUUAUAAUUGGUGCCCUUGAGACUUCCUUCUUUGAAAUGGAUGACUUAAUAUACCAAGAAAGACAUUUGUGUCCUCAUGCUGGUGGCUGCACUGCACUGGUGUCUGUGUUAUUAGAUGAUAAGCUUUACGUAGCUCAAGCAGGCGAUAGCAGGGCAGUUAUAAUUAGGAAGAAUGACAUAGUGUGUAUGUCACAGGAGUUUACUCCAGAUACUGAGAGACAAAGGAUUCAGCAACUGGCUUUAGAUAACCCUAGUUUACUUCAAAAAGAAUUCUCACCAUCACAGUUUUCUAAAAAUAUAUGGAAAAAGGAUCUAGGAAAACAAGUAUUAUGCCGAACAGGUUAUAUGAAAGGAUGGAGCCCUAAGGUUAUUACAUGUGAUGAUAUUAAACCACCAUUAAUAUGUGGAGAUGGAAAACAGGCUUGUUUAAUGGGAACAAUACGAGUAAGCCGAGGAUUUGGUGAUCAUGAUCUUUAUGUAAUGUCUUCAAAUAUACAUCUGAAGCCUUUUCUAUCUUGUGUGCCUGAGGUACGAGUAUAUGAUUUAAAUGAUUCUGAAAUGUCUGAUAAUGACAUUCUUUUAAUGGGCUCAGAUGGAUUUUGGGAUUUUGUAUCUAAUGAAGAAGCAGCUGAAUAUGUACGUAAAAGGAUGUGUGAGCUGGAACAGACAGAUGAUAAAUUGGUGACAAUUUCAAAAGAACUAGUUUUGAAAGCUCGUGGCGAAAGCAGUUCAGAUUAUGCCUGGAAACGUAAUUCUAAGCAACUAGGGUCCUAUGAUGACAUUACAGUCUUUGUUAUUCCCCUUGGACAAUAUAUGCAAGAACGAAGUGCCAACGUGACGCCACAGCCUGAUGAAGUUACAGCUUUGUGAGAACCUACAGACUCUAUAAAUUUCUUGAAACAUCAAAUGAAUCGAUAACUAUUUGUAGAAAGUAAUUUUCUUUUUGCUGUUGUUUUGCAUUCAUUUUUCCUUUCCAUGUUAGCCCACAUGAGAUGUUUUAGUGACACAACGAUUUUUACAGCUGGAUGCCUCUCACCCACUAGUCAGUCAAAAAGUAAAAGUUGAAACUUGUGUCUCUAAAGCAAACUGACGAAAAAUUAUUUACUUUCCUCAUAAAUCACACCGCAAUUUUAACAUGUGAUUGUAUAGAUAGGAAUGUAGGACCUUUAACUUCAUGACCUUCAGUUUAAAGCAAAGUUGUAACUGAAUUAAAAGAGACAACGAAAUAAUGAUUUUUGUUUUUCACUAGAAAAAUAUUUCUUGCCGGUAAUGUUCUGCUUGGUUAAUGAUGAGACCAAAAUCUGAUGUACAACAGAACUUUGCUACCAUGUUACCAGAUCCCAACUUCAACCAACAACCAAAAGCUGAUUUAUAGUUAGUAAUGGUGACCAACAUCUUUGUUUAGUUACUCAUCCAGAAUGAUGUUUAACUUUUUUUCUUGUUAAUAUAGUGUUGUUGUAACAUAUGUCUACAGAUGGUGAAAAAAAAAAAAGAAGAAAUCUUUUUUAUAAUUUUUACACAACAUUUUACAUCAAUUAUUUCUUCCAAAAGGAAAACGAUAUGUAAAACCAACUUUGCUAAACUGUUAUGAGAAGGGGAAAGAAAGAAAACCAAGUGAAUGAUUAUAAUGACACUAUGAAAACUAAAACAGUUAAUAUAAAAAAAAUGAUAGAAUUAAACUAGUUGUCUCUAGAGAUUACAGAUACUUAAAAAUUCAGGUUUGGUGACAUAUAACCAUAACCCUUUCUGUGAAAAAUUCCAAAUGUCUACUACUUCAUAGUUCAACAAGAAUUUGUAAACCAGUUGAGUGUUUAAAUUUGUAAAUUCUAUUUUUUAUCAAGUUGUAUUUAUAAUUCUUUUGAUUAAUUGCAUUCGUUACUUUGACAAUGCAACAUAAGAAGCAAGAUCUAUAUCUUACUAAGUGAAAAGCUCACUUCUACAGGUUUCCAAGUAUCAAAUGGAAAAUAGAUUAUGAUACAGGAGAGUGAAAAAAAAUUAAUUUGAUAAAGAAUUUUUAUUCCAUGGCAGGAAUCUUUUAAUAUCUUAUAAAUAAGAAACUAUUUACCUCAAAUCCAUGGAAAACUGUAAUUUUAUGUUUUGAAAUAGUUAAAGUAGAAUUUAAGAGUUUAAGACAUAAAUCUAAUUUUAGUGGAAAGCUAACUUUUUUCAAUGAAUUGUGAAUUCUAUACAUCAGUAUUGAAUAAUCAAGCUUUGAAUUUUUUUUCAGUGCAGCAAUGGCUCUACAUUAGAUACAUUUUUUUUGUAAAAUUCAGAAGCAAAAUGUAUUUAUUAUGAUAUAUAUAAUAAAACAAACAUUUAGUUUUAAAAUGUAAUAAAUCCUAGACCAAGUUAUUAAUCAACUGAAUAUUCUAAGUUCUUUGUUGUACAAAUUCAGUGCAAGAAAAGAAAGAGUUGUUUUUAAUAUAUAAAAAAAAAAUUAUAUCUAAGGAUUUUUGCAGUUGAUAAUGUAAAUUACACAAAAUAAAGUUGAUGUCUAGGACCAAUGAAUACAUAAAUAAAAAUAAAAAAUAUCAUAAAUAAAAAAUACAUAAAUAAAAAAUAUCAAUAGAUUCAACAACAAUAUACAAUACAAACUAUAACCUUAUUCCUAGAAUUUGUCUGUGUUAUGAUAAAGAAAAUUCAAAAAUGUUAUCCUGUAAUCAAUUCAAAAGAGGACCUUUAACCCUUUUGUUACCAAAUUUCUGUUGAAAUACACUACCUUUAUUUCAAUUAAUUUUGAAAACAAUGAAGGAUUUAGUAAAAUAACUUUGUUGUUAUUAAGCUGAUGUUUGAAAAAAAUUAAUAUCAAAUUUUGAUGGAAGGUUUCAUUUUGGAUUAUGUUUUAAACAGAAUUUAUAUCAUUGAACAAGGGCCUGUAUUAGGUGGAUUGGUAUCAAAAGGGUUAAAGUUUACUGACAACUGUUCAAGCAGAUGGGUAACUUUUUUAAGAGACAUUUUUCAAAUGAUAAAAAUUAGCUGUAAUUCUAUUACGUACACUUUGAUAGAAAAUAAUAAGUUAUGCAUGUUAGUUUAAAGUGCAUGAAAAAGAAGAAAGUUUAAUUUUCCAGUGUAGGAUUUUUUCAUUUUACUACAGUUCUUAAACAUUGAAUGAAACGGACCUUUGAUCUGUCAAUAAAUGAAAAUGUUUGAUUGCUUCAAAGAUAUUCAAAUGGUUAGUAUUGUGACCUGACUUUGUUUCACAUGAAAUUAGUUAACCAGAUAUGUACAGAUACCUUUGAGAUUAUUCUCAAUAAACUCAUCAACAAUUCUUUGAAACCAAGACAUUUGUAAUGCCUAUAGAAACUUACAUAAAACUAAUAUAGAGCUGCACCUAACUGGAAAGCUGAAUAUGGUCUUUCUACAGGUAUUAUGCCAGCUUGAUGAUAAAUGCUACUUAGGCCAAUUUUGAUAUAAUAUUCAUGUUUGGCUUUAAGGUGGUGAGCUGGCAGAAUCAUUGGCAAGCCAGGUAAAAUGCUUAGUGGCAUUUUGUCUGCCCUUAUGUUCUGAGUUCAAAUUCCACUGAAGCUGGCUUUACCUUUCAUCCUUUCGGAUGUACUGGGGUUGAUGUAAUCAGCUUACUCUUUCCCUAAACUUGCUGGCCUUGUACCAAAAUUUGAAACUAAUAUUUAUGUUUGGCUGUUAUUUGGCUAUCUUAUCUAUAUGUUGAACUAAGCCAACCUCUGUAAAAUGGUUCAUUGUUUGAGCAAAAUCUACAAGCCAUUUUUCAUUAAAAUUGCCAUUAACAAUGAAAAUAUGCCCCUCAAUGCUGAAUUAUUUGGUUCUGUGAUAUAUUUUCUAAAACAAAAAUUAGAAAUCUCUUUAUAAAUUCUUUAUCUUCCUCACACUAUCAGCAAGUUUUAUUUGCAUUAGAUUUGCAGUUUGGGAUGAGAUUUUGAAAUGUUUAACAGGUUUUCUGAUCACUUGUGGUUGAGCAAAACCACAAAUUAAAAAUAAAAAAAGACAUUAUCCUUGAUAAACAACUCUAAUUUCCAAAAAUCACGCUAGCACAAAGUUCUAUAUUUUUAUAUAAUUUAUCUUUCACAGAAACUUUAGUGAUACAAAAUUCAUUAAUUCAUGCUGUUAGCUCAUAACCGACUGUGAAAACAGUAGUUGUUUUGAAAUACAUUUCCAGAUUGAGUUAAUUCACUAAUUUUUGACACCUGAAAUAUACUGAUGAGAAUUUUGGUUAUCUUGUUAUUAAUUCCUGCCAUUAUUACAAGAGCUAUAAGGGAAUAAUUAUUAGAGAUUACAAUCACCAAAGAAAUAGAUUUAUAUUGAAUAACUGAAGAAGAUACUUAGAUUGUGGGCAGAAUUGGUAUAGCCACCAGACCAGCAGACAAUAACUCAGUGUUCUAUACAUCAACUGUUUUGACAAGCAGCAGUUUUAGCUGGGCAUAGAAAUCUAUUUCCAUCAGUCUUUUGCAAAUGUUACACAGAGAGCAUCUGGUAUAUAUUCCAUUGAGUGGUUUCAUGUAAGCUUCAGGCUAUUUCAGAGCAUUAUCAAAAGUCGUAUAAACCAGUAUAAUGUCUGCUGUAUUAGGUCUAAUGUAUAGAAACAAAAGCUCUAAUUUGUCAGGAUUGAUAUUUUGCUAUAAAGUAUUUGAAUUCUCUGAAACAUAACUUGAAUUUCUGACUAUAUUAAGGUUUUGUUAGAAUGUCGAAUUCGUUUGGUCUAACUAUCUUGUCUAUUUUGAAGUAGUAAUUGGUAACUUUACAUUGAUUAAACUCUUGUGAUAAAGAAAGUUAUAGUUGUUACCCUUCAGUCAGUUCAAAAAGGAAUAUAUCAUCAGUUACUAUUUUAACAGAUGAAAGGAAUAUAACUGUUUUAUAGUUACGCAGCUCUUGUCAUAACAGUCUCAUUAUGCAUUUUAUUAAACUGAAUAUAACAUAUUUUCCAAAACAAUAUAAACCAGAGUGCCUACAAGUAGUAUAUAUCUGUGUCUUUCUUUCUUUCUGUAUGUAUUUAGACAAUUGUAUACAUAAAUUAUGUAUAACUAAUGGUUACUGGUAUGGACCAUGCUACCAUUUUUUGAUACUUGGAUUCAUUCUGUAAAUGUUUUCAUUCCCCACUCUCCAGGUCAAUCAUAGAUUUUCAUAUUAAUUUUGAUAUAUUCUGUUUAUAUUCAUGAUAUGAACUGAUCUCUAAUUUAUUUUACCAAUACAUCUGUUAAUAUCCAGCAGUGCUAUUUUUAAUAAAAUAAAUUUAUCAUAAAAUAAGAUUUUAAAAAGAUGAAUACAUAAAUACUUCUUUUCAUUCCAAAAAAAAAAAAGGCAAAGCUGUUAUAACAAAUUAUAUUUUUGAACUUGAAGAGUUUCUUGAAUUCUUUUCUAAACACAGUCACCUACACUUAACUUGAUUAAAGGAAUUUCCAUUUUUGUACAGAUUUUUUCUGGUUUGGCAUAAAGGACAUUUUUUUUUUUUUUUUUGAAGUGCAGAGAACAAUGGAAGGUAUAAAAUUCAUAUAAUGUAUAAAAUAUAAAUAAAUUGACUGCCAAGCAAUAAAUACCUGUUUCAAUCACAAGUCAGUGGACUUGUGGUAUUUUCUGUCUUAGAUUGGUGCUUUUAAUGGCAAAUGUCAUUCUCAUUCAUAUAAUGUAUAUACAAACAUAUUUCUCUUUGAGAUUAAAUUUGUACAAACAUUUAA